GUCAAGCCAGUCCGCCCUGACAUUCCAAGUGAGAACCAGAAUCGUGACUCACCAUGAACACCUACCUGGUGGCCACAGUCUGCCUGAGUGUGCUGGCCAUCCUCUCAGAUGGGGUCGAAGUCAAGGUGGGAGACUACGUAUUCCCCUUGGAAUCAGUGAAGCAGCUGGAGGGCUUCUUCAAGGAGAGAUCCAAGAACCUACGCAUGCGCAUGGGUGCCACAUUUGGCGCGUGCAAAGACCCGAAAAUGCCCACAGAGUUUGCACCACUCUGUGCAUCCCCCAGAGCAGGAAUACUGCUCCGACAACUAGAAAUGAUCAGCGCAGAUGCUGCGACCUGUGAGAUUUGUGCCAACGUUGCCUGCUCUGGAUGCUAAUGAAGAAGACCACCACCAUCUCUGCUGGCUUUCUAAGUGGAUCCUGACAACUGGCCCUUGCUGCUACUGCUGCCUUUUCCUCAUCCAAACCAACAGAGGACACCUCUGCCCACUUGUACAGAUUGGCUGGGCCAUUGUGUCCCUGCUGCUGCUACCCAGCCUUGGCUUCCUGGACCCCAUCCCUAAAACCUCUAUGAGCACAAUUCAGAGUCCAUGUCGGAGGGAAGAGUGCAAGGGACAGGAAGUUGGGCUGGGGAAGGAAGGAGGAUGGUUGAAAGGAAGGUGAUUGGUCACUGCAAAAAAUAAUAAUAACGACAUCAGUUCCAUGUAAUUUUUCUUCUGCUUUUUUAAAAUUGAAAACCAGCUGUGUGAGUUUGCAAAUGGGAACAGGAAAGAAAGGGUGGGGAGAGGAAGCUUUUGUUGCCAGACAUGUUUCCUAGUCAAAAUCAAGACUUGGUUGUAUUUCCCCCUGAACAGGCUCCAGAUACAUUUUCCCCUAUAGAAAGAAAAGUAGCUGGGGUGAGAUUUUGAGCAAAAGGGACAAUCUGGCUCCCCUCUCCUCUACUUACUCUUCCCUCAAGAUUACAACCUCCUGCAGCUGAUUCUCAAUGAGAAGUAAUAUUACAUCUCAGGAAUGUUAGAUGCCGCCUAAAGUCAUUUUUUCACCCCUCACACUGCCAUUCUUAGGUCAGUUCUCCACAUUUCUGCACCAGUUUGUCAUUUUAAAAAGCACUUGUGAAAAUUCACCAGGAUUUUGGUGCAAAUUUCUCUUAAAAUGCACACAUUCCCAUGCGAUUUCCCCUAAUGUGAAUAUUUUUUUGCAAAGCAAUUUUCCCUAAUAUAAUGCAUUUCUGCCUACUAUUUUCACUGUUGUAGGCAGCUUAUCCUUACUUUGGCCUAGUAUACAUUGUUUUGGCUUGAGAGCUGCAUUGCAAAAUGUAGAGGGGUACGGAUCUUGAACAAUGGCUGUGCUUCAGCUAGGAAAGCACAAAUCAGGCACCUUAAGCUUUAAAUGCAAACUGAACUGAACCGAAUAUCUCCCCUAUCGCAACCCAGUAGCCAGUUUCUGCCCAUCAGCUUUGGGGUGCAUUGCAGUGGAGUAUAGUGGUAGCAGAGAGGAACCAGAAAUCCCAAUUUCUUUCCAGCAUAUUCCUUCCAUCCCCAGCAAACCUUUCCUUUUUCCCAUGGUCUCCCUCUUCCUCUCCUCAGAGGCGGUUGAUUUGGAUGAUGCCCCUGCUUCUUGAUAGCCACACAUUUUAAAAUGAAAUCAAUAUGCAGACUAAAACACUGUGUAGCCCACAUAACACUUCUAUUUGAGUUUAAAUACCCUUUUGUUCUCUGUUGGUGAUUUGGUCGUUUGGUUUUGAUGGCGAUCUCUUAAGCAAAACUGGCUUCUGACUUGCAAAACUGGCUUCCUCGUGGAUAUCCCUGUUUGGUGUGUCCAAAAUAAAGAUUUCCAGUGCACUG